UGCGAGGCUUGCGCCAUGCACCUCGAGGCGAUGACCAAGGCGGAGAUUCCAGCAGGCUCGCCGCAGCCGCACGUGUCGACGAGAGCAGAGAUGAAAGAGUACAUCGAGACCAUCUGCCGGCAGCUCAACCUGCCCAACUCGUGCAUCAUCGCGAUGGUCACCUACCUCGAGCGCCUCGUGGCCAACGACAACUUCGAGCUCACGCGGCUCAACUGGCAGCCAUCGGUCCUGUCGGGCUUUGUGGUCGCGGCCAAGCUGUGCUUCGACGAGCCGGUCUGGAACGAGGACUUCUUGCGCGCGCUGAAGAUCUCCAACGUCCAGGUCGGACAGAUCUCGCGCUGGGAGAUCAACUUCCUCAAGCUCAUCAGCUUCGAGACCAACAUCGAGCUCUCCGACUACGCCAGCCUCUGCUUCCGGCUGCAGGAGCGCUACCUGCGAACGCGCGGCGAGAAGGUGCAGUUCUUCACCUUCCUGAUGAAUGCCUGCUCGGCGGCAAAGGCGGGCUGAGCGCGACCCGCCGGUGUGCCGCGGAGAGGCGAUGACCUCUCUGCUCGCCCCCGCCCGCCCUGCCGCGGGAGGUGCUGUGGGGCACACCCAGAGACGUUGGCAAAGCGUGCUCGUGCAUGCAGAUCUGGCAAAGUAUGUGUACCCUCGCAUGAGUGUGCUUGCUCGGAUGGGGGGGGAUAGCGCCCCUCCCCGAACCUCUCUGUAUAGGCAUCGUCCGGAUUCCGCCGUUCUCGCGGAGCCGGAGCGUGUGUCGGAUGCCGCUCUACGAAGCCGCGCGCAUGUGAGGCCCUGGCCAGUCGAACGGCUGCACGAGCUGGCCCCCCCUCUGUGUGUGCACAUCCAUGGCUGUGUGCGAUGUGAAGAUUUGGUCAAUGUCUGUCGAACUGGCGAUGUAUUGUCCGCAGAUCCAUGUAUGGAAGAAAAGUCUCAUUUUCUC